GUCAAGUGGACUUUGUGUUGGUCAUAUGUCUUAUGAAACACAUGUCAUUUGGAAAUAAUGAGAAAUCUUACUCGGUUUUUAUAAGUUAUUGCUAUUAAAACUACUGUACGGGACUAACGUACAUGCUAUGCUCUGCAAUAUUUACCCAUGGUUAGUGAUAACAGGAACACAAAGUCAACUGUAUUUUAAAGAUACACUUAUAUAUGAAAACGAAAGAAUCACACGCAAAGAAUUAACACUAAAAUGAAGGAAUCAAACGAGAAUGGAGGCGAACUGCCGGCGAACGCCCUGGACAGGAAGGUUUCUCUGACCGGAUAUACGAAUGUGGUUCUGGACCACUCCAAGCCUGAUAGGUUGGAUGAGGACAGGGAUAAACUCAGGGUGCGUUUUGCAGAGAUGCCGUCGAUGAGCUACGAUGGAGGUAUAAACAUUCCGAUAAAGAGGAAAUAUUCAGUUGCUCUACAAGUUCUAAAGCCGUUUAGACCUUCCUCCAAGGAUGGAAAGCUUCCUAUCAACAAAGUUGGAUUUUUCUCGUACGUGUUCCUGACGUGGUUCUCUCCACUGAUCUGGCGAAUGUAUCGCAACCGUCACGAACCAGUGGCCGAAAAAGACAUAUGGCAGUGUUCAUCAGCUGAUGGCGUAAUGAAGAACGCUGAAAGAAUGGAGCGUCUUUGGACAGAGGAAGUCGAACGUAGUGGUGAAAAGAAGGCGUCGUUUUAUAGAGUGUGGGUGAAAUUCAUUCGGACGAGAACGCUGGCAACUCUUGUGCUGCUGAGCAUCAAUGCACUUUUCACUUUCCUGUCAUCAGCUUUUCUGUUAAACCUUGUUGUAGCUUAUCUUGAAUCAGUGUCAACGGAUCUUACAUAUGGCAUCGGUUUGACGGUUGCCAUGUUCGGGUGCGAAAUCAUACGCGCCCUCUCCUUUUCCAAUGUGUUUGUGUUUGGAGCGCAGACUGGAGCCAGAUUUCGGUCCGGCUACAUGGGCAUUAUGUACAAGAAACUCCUCAAACUACGUACUGUUAAAGGAAAAACAAGUUCAGAGAUAAUCAAUGUGUUCAGUGUUGAUUCCUACCGCGUGUACAUUGCUUCAUCCGUCUGCGUCUUCCUCCUCUCCGUUCCCAUCUAUGCCUUGAUCGGCACCGUAUAUUGCUACUAUUUGAUUGGUUAUUGGUGCUUCGUCUCUAUAGGAACAUUUGCAGUCUGUUACCUUGGUCAGAUGGUCCUUACGCGAUUGAUGGAGACGUUGCGAAGAAGCAGCUCGCAAUUCACCGAUACUCGGGUGCGGCGAAUGGGAGAAAUUUUAAACAGCAUAAAAUUCAUAAAGAUGUAUGCGUGGGAAAAGCCGUUUAAUGACGCAAUACAAGAGGUUCGAUCCUGUGAACAAACGUACGUGUUGUAUUCGGCCCUGGUGAGUGCUAUCACUGGGUCUAUCAUCCCUGUCACACCGACCAUUGCCUCAGUUGUCACCAUAACAGUCUAUACUGCCGUCGGAAACGACCUCUCGGCAUCAACGGCUUUCGCUGUAAUAGGAACGAUGAACUUUUUACGGAUCAUAGUUGCACUGCUCCCGUUUAGCCUGCGAGCAUACGGGGAGGCCAAAGUCAGCUUUAACAGAUUAGAGAAACUUCUUUUGAUGGAUGAGUAUAGUACCCCGAGCUCUGACACAUACGACAAGACGAAUUCACUAGAAAUGAAGGCCGCUUCCUUUGUAUGGGAAUUGCAACCUGAGUCUAAUUCCAAUGAAGCAUUAAAGAAACGACCCAGUGUGACAAGCCUUAGUUCAAGACGGGAGAGUGUGAACUUGUUUCAAUUGAACGAUGUUUCAUUAGAUGUGAAAAAGGGUCAACUUCUAGGUAUUUGCGGGACAGUUGGUUCCGGAAAAUCAUCCUUAAUUUCGGCUUUACUCGGACGAAUGCUACAAACAAAGGGUCAUCUUGCCGUCGAUGGAAAUGUUGCAUACGUGGCUCAACAGGCUUGGAUAUUUAAUGCCUCACUCAAAGAGAAUAUUCUUUUCGGCAGGGAAUUUGACGAACAAAAAUACAGAAAAGCUAUUCAAUGUUGCGGUUUGGAACCUGAUCUAGAGCUUCUCAAAGAUGGAGACGAAACUGAGAUUGGAGAGCGUGGUGCUAAUCUUAGUGGAGGCCAAAAGCAAAGGGUCAACUUGGCACGGGCGGUGUACAGUGACAGUGAUAUAUACUUUCUUGAUGAUCCGCUUAGUGCUCUAGACGUUCGAGUUGGAAAGCUUAUUUUCCACGAGUGCAUCAAAUCUCAACUCGCACGGAAAACUGUUAUUCUUGUAACGCAUCAACUGCAGUACCUCAAAGAUUGUGACGAGGUUGUUGUGAUGGAGGGUGGAGAUAUUGCUGAAAAAGGUCAACACAUUGAGCUGAUUAACAAUGGUGGUCUGUACACUGACAUGUUUAGGAUUUUUGACAGUACAUCGAUGAGUCCUCGAAAAGCAAUUGGGCUAGGGGAUGGCGAGCCUGCGCCGUCUAAGAAAGAACCUCUCAAAGAAAGAAGUGUGAAAACUGAAAAUGGUACAGCUGCUCCACCUCUGUCAAAAUCCAACGGAAUUCUAAAGAAAAAGAAGGGAAAAGGCAAACUGGUUUUGGCGGAAGAGGCUGGGAUUGGCGAGAUCGGAUUUUCUACAUACCAUUCCUACAUAAAGGCUGCUGGCGGAUGGCUUACCACCGUGGCAGUUAUAUUGAUGUAUUUUAUAACUUCUGGCUCUCUUACUUUUACCGACUGGUGGCUUAGCGAAUGGAUCGAUUCACUUGGAAAACAGGAAGCAAAUAGUUCAACUUUACAGAAUGAGUCAAUUCCAAAUACAACGUAUGCAGCCCCCAGUGAUGUAAACAACACGUUGACAAUUGCUGCUGAAGGAGGGAUUAGCUAUGACACAUAUUUCAUUGUCUACAUUAGCUCAUUGGCUAUGAUAUUGGUCACUUUACUUGUGAAUGGUUUUAGUCAUGCAAAGGCUUCGAUAAAUGCAGUCAACCGGCUUCAUAACUUAUGCCUUGACCGUGUGAUGAAGGCUCCAAUGUCAUUCUUUGACUCAACCCCAACCGGCCGAAUCCUCAAUAGAUUUUCGAAAGAUUUGGAUGAAGGUGACGUCUUUCUACCACAAGUGACAAACUCACUUCUUCGAAUCCUUAGUUUGACCCUUGUAUCCAUUGCAUUGUCGGCGUAUAUUACGCCAUGGAUUCUAAUAGGGGUCGUUCCAGUUGUGAUCGUCUUUUAUAUCAUGAAACAGAUUUCUACUGUGACAAUAAGACAACUGAAACGUCUGGAAAAUAUUACCCGGUCGCCUCUGAUAAGCCAUGUAAACACCACAUCACAAGGUCUUACAACGAUUGUUGGUUAUGAACAGCAGGAACGAUUUUAUGAAAGAUGUUCGAAUUUCGGUGACGUCGCUUCGUUGACGGUGUUUCUAUUUGACGUUAGUAUGCGGUGGAUUGGAUUGCGAUUAGACCUAGUUGCAGGCAUAAUGACAGUCUCGUGUAGCUUGAUUUUCGUCCUGACAAAGGGUCUCAUAUCUCCAGCUGCAGCUGGACUUGUACUUGGACUUUGCGGAAGGACUGUAAGCAUUGUCCAGUUUUUGGUCCGUUUGAUGAAUGAAGCUGAGGCCAGAUUUACCUCAAUUGAAAGACUCCAAGAGUACAAAACGAACUUGAUUUCCGAACCACAAGAUGAAAAGAAGGUUGUUCCCCCAACAUGGCCUGAAAAUGGUGGAUUAACUUUUCAAGGCGUUGUCAUGCGUUAUCGUCCUGAGAUGGACCCAGUGUUACGCAAAGUAAGCUUUAACAUCCACCCAAGAGAGAAGAUCGGAGUUGUUGGCCGCACGGGGGCAGGGAAGUCCAGUCUGGCAGCGUGUCUCUUUCGACUGGUGGAAAUAAGUGAAGGUGCAAUCACAAUUGACGGUGAAGACAUUUCCUUACUUUCCCUAAAGACUUUGCGAUCCAAGGUCUCGACCAUCACACAGGACCCGGUAUUAUUCUCAGGCAGUGUAAGAUACAACAUAGAUCCAUUCUCCCAAUUUAAUGAUGACAUUAUAUGGGAAGCUUUGCAGAAAGUCCACAUGAAAGAAAAGAUUGAGCAGUUUGACGACAGCCUGGAGGUGGUAGUGGACGAAAAUGGAGAAAACUUCUCUGUCGGCGAGCGCCAGUUGCUCUGUCUGGCAAGAGCUGUCAUCCGUAAAAGCAAAAUUUUACUUCUUGACGAGGCUACUGCAAACAUUGAUACAUCGACAGAUGCCAUGAUUCAACAAACGAUCCGCAAUUGCUUCGCGAAAUGUACGGUUAUCACAAUUGCGCACCGACUCAAUACUGUUCUACACAGUGACCGAAUUAUCGUGCUGGAUGCUGGACAGGUUAUGGAGAUAGGCACACCUCAAGAUCUGCUUUCGAAUCCGCACUCGUUUUUUAACGGCAUGAUUGCUGCCCAGACAGUGAAAACACCAUCACCAUAAUCACGAUUUGAACCAUGGGUCACCUUAAGAUUUACAUUCGAAUCCGCCCAGACAGUGAAAAAAGUCAUUACCGUUAUCACAUUUUGAACCCCAAGAAUAAUUCCAUAACACUGAUACAAUAACACAAUUUAGUGGUAUACCUUUCAAGAUUGAAAAGUUGAUUAGUUAUAUAUAUUUGAGAACUUAUAUGUCACUUUUCUUCAUGAUCUAUUCACGUUAUAUUGAAGUGAACAACAUUUUUUCGCAUUUAUUUGUAUUGAUCACUGCUAUAAUUGUUUAAUGUAUUUUUGAACUUGAUCAUGUUUGUUGUAUCAAAA